AUGCGUGGAAGGUCCAAGUGCACCUUGUCCCGCCUGGAGUUGCAGGAUCAUGUCGACCUUGAGCAACAGGACAGGCGCGGUGAUGUAAAGCAACGGGCCCAGGCUGAGGGUUACUGGUGCGAUCCCAGUCAACCAACAUCAACUCAGAACCCAUCCACUGGUGACUCAGGAAACUACUUGAUAGGCGUAGGCCGAGCGGACUGCACAGGGCCCAUUGCAGAAAUCCCUUUGAUGGGUUUUGCCAACGCUGACCAGGUGGGUGGUGGGCUUCUCACCCGACUCUACAGCCGAGCUUUCAUUGUGGCGGAGCCUGAUAACUCCAAACGAGUAGUGUUUGUCAGCGCUGACAUAGGAAUGGUAUCUCAGAAACUGAGGCUGGAGGUGCUCAAUGAACUGAAGAGCAAGUAUGGUGAGCUGUACCGCCAGGACAACGUCAUUCUCAGUGGCACUCACACGCAUUCAGGGCCUGCUGGCUAUUUCCAAUACACCCUCUUCUGGAUAACUAGCAGAGGACUAAUCAAACCAUCCCUUCAGGCUGUCGUGAAAGGCAUUGUAAAGAGCAUUGAUAUAGCACAUGAGAACAUGAAGGCAGGAAGGAUUUUUAUAAACAGAGGCACUGUAGAAAACAGCCAGAUCAAUAGAAGCCCUUAUUCUUACCUCCAGAAUCCAGCAUCUGAACGAAACAGGUAUUCAUCCAACACAGACAAAGAAAUGGUGUUGCUGAAGAUGGUAGCUGCAAACGGACAGGAGCUGGGCCUUAUCAGCUGGUUUGCAGUCCAUCCGGUCAGCAUGAACAACACAAACCACCUGGUGAACAGUGACAACGUGGGCUAUGCGUCUUACUUAUUUGAGCAGGAGAAGAACAAAGGGAUGCUGCCGGGAGAGGGCUCUUUUGUUGCUGCUUUUGCAUCCUCCAACCUGGGAGAUGUGUCUCCCAAUACCAGAGGCCCAUUCUGCAUAAACACGGGGGAUUCAUGCGAUAACCCGCAGAGCACCUGUCCUGUAGGUGGGGCCAAGAUGUGCAUGGCCAUGGGUCCUGGUACUGACAUGUUUGACAGUACAAGAAUUAUAGGGCAAAAUAUCUACUUGAAAGCAAAGGAGAUAUACACAAGUGCUUCCCAGGAGAUCACAGGACCGCUCAGCUCAGCACACCAGUGGGUGAACAUGAGUGAUGUCUCCGUGACGCUAAAUGCCACACACGUGGUUAAAACAUGUAAACCAGCCUUAGGACACAGCUUUGCUGCUGGUACUAUAGAUGGAGUGGGGGCUUUCAAUUUUACACAAGGUGCAGUAGAAGGAGAUCCAUUCUGGGACAGCAUCCGGGACCAGCUGCUGGGAAAGCCAUCCAACGAAACACAAGCAUGCCACGACCCCAAGCCAAUCCUCUUAAGGACUGGAGAGAUGACUUGGCCUUACCCAUGGCACCCUGACAUUGUAGAUGUUCAGCUUGCUACCAUUGGAUCACUAGCAAUUGUUGCUGUUCCUGGAGAGCUAACGACCAUGUCUGGACGUAGACUACGGGAAGCUGUUAGAAGUGAAUUUGAGUCUCAUGGAACAUCAGGGAUGAAUGUUGUAAUUGCAGGCCUGUGCAAUGUCUAUACCCACUACAUCACCACCUAUGAAGAAUACCAGGUUCAAAGAUACGAGGCGGCAUCAACUAUUUAUGGGCCACACACUCUUUCAGCUUAUAUGCAGCUGUACAGAGGACUGGCAAAGGCUAUUGCUACGAAUACAGUUCAGGAUUUGCCAAGUGGUCCAGAGCCCCCACUCUUCAACAUAACUAGUCUGACCUUGGUGCCUGCUGUCAUUGCUGAUAGGACUCCAUCAAACAAGGCGUUUGGGGAUGUGCUGCAAGAAGUGGGACAACAGUAUCGAGUGGGAGAAGUUGCUGAAGUAACUUUUGUGAGUGCAAACCCAAGGAACUCUGCGGAAAAUGCGACAGAACACAACUUUCUGACGGUAGAGAGAUACAUCAACAGUUCCGGGAGCUGGAGUGUGGUCCAUAAUGAUGCCUCCUGGGAGACCAGAUUUUACUGGACAAAAGGAUUACUUGGUCUAAGCAACGCAAGGGUUGAAUGGCAUAUUCCCAGCACCACCGAGCCAGGCACCUACAGAAUACGAUACUUUGGGCACUACAAGAAAAUACCGCUUUUCCAGCCUGCUGUCUAUUAUGCAUUUGAAGGCACAUCUUCAGUGUUUGAAAUCAUAAGUCUAUAG